UUUUGUUGGUUAUGUUUACAAAUUGCAACCAAUUUCUCAAUGCUUGAUUGUUGUGGCAAUAAGUCGAUAAUUUUAGUAUAAUUGUUAAUUAAAAUAAAAACAAACACGAAAUGGGAAAAGUCAUGUCUAUGGUGGCUCGCAAGGCCAAUCGAUUUAAUGUGGAGAAUCGGGCACAUCGCGUACUGGAACGCGAGAAGCCCACACCGGCACCAAAAUACGAGUCGAAUCUGCGUGACAUGGAAAGAACUUUAGAGUUGGAUCCCGACUUCGUGAGCAAACUAAACACAAAGGACGCCAGCUUAGAUACACGACUAAAAGAUGUUUAUGUAACAUCAAAGGAUCAAUUUAUUCAACGAGUAGUGCAACGCCAAGGAGCUGACAGACCGCUACCAUUGGACAGAACCACGCCGACUGACUUUGAGUAUGGCUACAUGGAACCAACGAAAGUAUCAAGUGGACGUUGCACUUUACGACAGGCGAUGCAGUUUAUCAACGACCAUCAGCAAGACUCCGAAGAGUGGACGGCCAGUAAAAUAGCAGAUCAAUACAAGCUAAAGGAGCCGCAUGUUGCAAAUAUUCUGUACUACUUCAAGACGUUUAACAUCCAUAUACCUGACCAAAAGUAUAAGGACAAAUUGUUGACGCAAUCUACUCAAAAACAGAUUCAAGAAAAGCCAAGUACAGAAUAAAAUAGCAAAAUUUAUGUAGCGAUUGAAUCGACAGUCUCCAUAGUUAAAAUGCUUGU